CAUUUACUUUUGAUUUGGGUGGGAAUUUUUCUUUCAUUUUUAAGCAGCAAGUGGAUGCGCUAAUUGCUAGGUCAUUAAAUAGCAGAGAUGCAUCAGCAGUAUUCUGAUGAAGAACAGGACCCAGAUAAACAACAGAAACAACAACCAGGUCUGGAUGUGGGGGUGAAGGCUCAGAGUCAAGGUGUACAGGUUAGCCAAGAAGUCAAGGACAAGAAAAUGACCUUGGAGGAAAUCAAACAGAGUGGGCGGGCGGAACGACAGCGAAGGAGAGAGGAGAGAAGACGACAACAGUCUGACUCGGAUUCAGAGUCGGAGUAUCUGGUCGGCAAACUGGCCGAAAUUGCUCUAACAGUUAAGGAACCAGACCUUAUUGAGGGAACGGGGCUGAUUUAUGAUGAGCGGAUGUUAAAGCACGAGAAUCUCUGGGACAAGGAUUACCCAGAGAAUCCGUCACGCAUCAGUGGGCCUUUCCAGCGAUGUUCUGAGCUUGGUCUUACAGAGAGAUGUGUUCGACUAGAGGCCCAGCAUUCUACAGAGGACAUGGUACUGUUACAACAUUCUCAGGAACUGAUAGAAAAACUCAAACGGACCACGGAAAUGAGCACCGAGGAACUAAAAGCCGAGGCCAUCAAAUACGACUCGGUUUACUUCAACCAGGCUACAUAUGAGUGUUCCUUGUUGUCACUUGGGAGUACUGUAGAAUUAAUGGAACAGAUUCUAAAGAAGAAGGUGAGAAAUGGAAUGGCUUUAAUAAGACCCCCAGGACACCACGCAAUGUCGGAGGAAUUUUGUGGAUUCUGUUACUUCAAUAAUGUUGCUAUUGCUGUAAAACAUGCCCUGGAAAAUCUCAAACUGAAAAAGAUUUUAAUCAUAGACUGGGAUGUUCAUCAUGGCCAGGGCACCCAGCAGAUGUUUUACAAUGAUCCGCGAGUGCUGUACUUUUCUAUACAUCGGUACGAGUUUGGGAAGUUUUGGCCCCACCUGAGAGAGAGUGACUAUGACUUUAUAGGAGAAGACAAGGGAGUAGGGUAUAACAUCAAUGUCCCUCUUAAUCAGACGGGGAUGGCUGAUCAUGACUACCUGGCUAUAUUUCAUCAGGUUUUAAUGCCAAUUGCAUUUGAGUUUGAUCCAGAAUUAGUUUUGAUUUCUGCUGGAUAUGAUUGCGCAAUAGGUUGUCCCGAGUUUAAUCCUGAUUUUGUUGUUGUGUCCGCUGGAUUUGACUCGGCCAUUGGAGAUCCCAAGGGAGAAAUGGGGGUAACACCUGCAGCCUUUGCUCACAUCACUCACAAGGUCAUGUCCUUGGCACAAGGUCGUGUGGCAGUCAUAUUGGAGGGUGGGUACUGCUUGAAGUCUCUCUCUGAGUCAGCAGCCUUGACCUUGAGAACAUUACUUGGUGACCCUUGUCCCAGAAUUCCAUCAUCUCAGGAACCAUGUGACAGUGUCACUGAGUCCAUUCUGAAUGUGAUUAAGGUUCUUCGGCCUUACUGGAAGUGUCUGCAGUAUCAGGAAUUCACCUCUGACCCUUGUCCUUUUGAAGAGGUCAACCUGUCUCCUCCUAAGCCUGAUAUUAUUCUCAUUACUGAGGAAAACAAACCAAAGGAAUACCCAGAAAGUCUGGAGCCCACAAAAGUAGAGGAGUAUUACAAAGUGGAGAAAAGACUGUCACCUGUUAUAGACAGAAUAAUAGCUAACACAGACCUCAGUAUAGCUAAAAACAGAACCUGCAUAGCCUAUGAUGAAGGAAUGAGGGCCCAUUGUUCAACAGCAUCUUACUACCAUCCCGAAUCUCCUGACAGAAUAACACGAAUAUUUGACAAACACACAGAGUGGGGGCUGACUCAGAGAUGUACUAGGGUAGAGACACGGAUGGCAACAGAAGCAGAACUGACACUCAUCCACAGUUCAGCUCAUGUUGAAGAGAUAAAGAGUUUUGAAGAUAAAAAUCCAUUUGAGUUGAAAAGAUUGGAGUCAAAUUACCAGUCAAUCUAUCUCUGCAAAGACUCUUACUUUUGUGCGCGGAUGGCUGCUGGAUUUGUGUUGGAUGUGGUGGAUAAUGUGAUGACAGGACAGAGUCAAAAUGGGGUUGCAAUAGUGAGACCUCCUGGACAUCACGCUGAGUGCUCCCGAGCCAUGGGUUUCUGUUUUUUUAAUAAUGUAGGCAUUGCAGCCAAGUAUGCUCAAAGCAAGUAUAAUGUCAAAAAAGUUUUAAUUGUUGACUGGGAUGUACAUCAUGGUAAUGGUACACAACAUCAGUUUUAUGAGGACCCAAGUGUCCUUUUUAUAAGUCUUCAUCGUUAUGACCGGGGUUCCUUCUAUCCCUGCACAACUGAGGGGUGCCACACCAAAGUGGGAGCAGGGGAGGGGACAGGCUUCAAUGUCAACAUCCCAUGGAACAAUGGACCUAUGGGGGAUUCUGAGUAUAUUGCAGCCUUCCAACAAGUGGUCAUGCCAAUAGCUUAUGAGUUUGGUCCGGAGCUGGUUCUGGUAUCGGCUGGAUUUGAUGCCGCUAUGGGAGAUCCUCUGGGAUGUUACUCACUAACGCCGGCUGGAUAUGGUCACAUGACCCACAUGCUGUCAUCACUAGCCAAUGGAAAAGUAGUCCUUGUGUUAGAAGGAGGGUAUCACCUGGCAGCCAUAUCUAAUUCCAUGGCCAUGUGUACAUCUAUCUUACUGGGAGAUGGCUGUCCUCACCUCCCCUAUGUCAAGACUAAGGACAGUGCUGUGAAAUGUAUACAAGAUGUUUUAGAUGUACAGAAGCAGUACUGGAAAUCACUGAAAUUCAGAGUAAAUAUAAAAACAGAAAAGAAGGAAAACACAGAAAAAGCUGAACAGGAAGAAAUGGAGAGGCAAAAGGAAGAAGAAAUGAAGAAGAUUCAUGAGUUGGCUGAACAAUUAAAGGAUGUUACAGUAAUCAAGGACACAGAAACCCCCCGGGAACAUGUAGUCGUGGUAGAAAAUGUGACAGAGGAUAUAGGAGGUGUUGAACAGAAAAUAAUCCAUACUGAGCAACCACAUAAUGGAGAAAAGAGUCCUGUCCCAGAUCAGUCAGGGAGGGAUGAAACUAAGGGACUACCCCAGGAGACUAACAGUGAAGGGACCGAGGUGCCUGGAGGGGGAGAUAGUCCAGGGGGAAAUAAUGGGGAAAACGACCCCACCACAGGAUGCACUGGAGGAGGGGAGUUGCUGGGGGCAGAGGGAGGGAGUGAGGCCCCAGUGGUACCACCAGUGUCAGCUAAUGAGGUGCUGAGGCAGCUGGAGGCUCAGGGACACACCCAGAUGUUUGCGGUGACCCCCCUACCCUGGUGUCCCCACCUGGAGACAGUAUCCCCCGUCCCCCGGGGUCGGAUAGAUACCAGCUCCCCGUGCGAGACCUGUGGUGAUUCCUCUGAGAACUGGAUUUGUUUAGUCUGUUACAAGAUUUACUGUAGCCGGUUUGUCAAUGAGCACAUGUUGAUGCAUGGAGUAAUGGAGACCCACCUAAUGUGCCUGAGUUUCUCUGAUCUGUCAAUCUGGUGUUACGGGUGUGAGCAUUAUAUAGAUAAUCUGGCACUAUUUGAGGCCAAAAAUGCAGCUCACCUCGACAAGUUUGGUUCAGCUCUUCCUAGACCCCUGUCUCUGUCGUGACGUUAUUGCUCAGAUGAAUAAUGUUAUAAUUAUUGUACAGAUUAGAUGACUAUUUAAGAAUUUAAUUUGUAAUCAUUAAUGUAUAUUGUAUACAUUUAUAUAGGAUGUACUAGAAUACAUAAAUAAGUUUUAACAUAGAAAAAAUUAUAAAUUAUCUAAAAAAAAAGUACAAAUUAUUUAAAAAAUAAUAAAACCUAUACUACCCAGCGAUUACAUGUAUUUUUUUUAGUUUUUCUGAUCAAAAUUUGUCCGUUGUCUGUCGCCGUCAUUGUUGUUGUAAACUUUUCACAUGUUCAUCUUCUUCUCAAGAACCACUGGACCAAUUUCAACCAAACUUGCUUCAAAACAUCCUAGGGUAAAGGGGAUUCGAGUUUGUUCAAAUGAAGGGCUGCGCCCUCUUCCAAUGGGAGAUAAUUAUGAAUAUGUGAAAAAUUAAUGGCAUUUAAAAAAAAAUCUUCUUCUCAAAAGCCACUGGGCCAGGAAAGAUGAAACUCGUGUGGAAUC